UCCUGUUUCUUCAUCCUUUUAUUUCAUUAUUUCUUGUUCCUCAUCAUACAUCAACCUUACUGAUUACUUUUAGGAAAUCAGUUUCAGGUAAUACGCAGAUGAAAUACACACCACCAAGGCACCAAAUACCAACAAUGGAGUGUGUAUUACGAUGCAUACGAUACUCGAUUUAGUUAGCAUAAGAAAAAUUGAAACUUUAGCUGCCGGUGGUAUUUUUGACUUUGAAACCAGAUAGGCAGAUAGGUUGACCAGCUCAUUUAAAAGGGUGUCGUUUGUUUUAGCUCGGAACACAAUGUUAAUCUGAGGUUUGAGGAAUGGCUGAUGGAGAAGAGGACUUGCCAAGGGAUGCCAAGAUAGUUAAAACAUUGCUGAAAUCAAUGGGGGUUGAGAACUACGAACCACGUGUUAUUCACCAGUUUCUAGAACUUUGGUAUCGGUAUGUGGUAGAUGUGCUGACAGAUGCACAGGUAUACUCAGAACAUGCUGGAAAGUCAACUAUUGAUUCUGAUGAUGUCAAACUAGCUAUUCAGUCUAAAGUGAAUUUCAGUUUCUCACAACCCCCUCCACGAGAGGUCCUGCUAGAAUUGGCAAGGAACAGGAACAAAAUUCCAUUGCCAAAGUCGAUAAAUACACCAGGAAUGGCCUUGCCUCCAGAGUCAGACACCUUGAUCAGUCCAAAUUACCAGCUUGUGAUAUCAAAGAAGCGAACAAGUGAAGCUGUUGAAGAAACAGAGGAAGACGAAGAAGGUAGUGAUUCUAAGAUGAACCCAUCACAAGAACAGAGGAAUGACUUGACCCAGAAUCCCGGUCAACGAGUUUCUUUUCCUCUUGGCUCCAAACGCUCUAGGUGAACCAUGUGUUAAGUUUGAUUUUACUUGUUUUACAAAUUGGAAAUUCACGUAAUGUUGAUCUUCAAAUCACUUAUGAUAUAUACUGAUUACAUAGAGAGAAUGUUGGUAAAUGUUUUAUAUGAAAGUAAGAGAAACUCAAACUUUGGGAUGUUUCUUAAA